GAGAGGUGCAAAGAAAAGAAGGGAAGACAUUUUUAGUGAAAUAAAAUGUCAAUAUUUUAUAUUUUUUAAAUUUUGUGAUUUCACGUUCUCAAAUGUGAAAUAGUUUCUGUUUUCUUCAGUCCUCUAUGACUGUAAACCAAAUAUCUUUGGUUUGUGGACCAAACAAGACAUUUGAAGAUGGGCUUUGGGAAACAGCUAUCAAGAUUUCUAUUUCUUUAUUUUAUGAACCAAAAAAUUAAUCAAUUAAAUGUUGAAAAUAGUCGCAGCCCUAAAGCAAAUUGAGAUAUCCUUCAUGAUGGCAGACCAGAUGAGUUUCUGGUUCAGAUGCAUAAAAUGGUGCCAAUGAGAAGAACCUCCUGUCUCUGUAUCCUCUUUCCCUUGCUCCUGUUAACUUGUCUUCCUUUUUGAUGUGGUUUCCAGAACUGAGGUUCAUGCUCAGGAAAUAGUCCAGGCUGCAGGAGGGAGGAAGUGUGUGUGUGUGUGUGUGUGUAUAUAUAAGCCUGACCAGUGACACACAAGUGAUGGGUCCUAGGAGGAAGGCCUCUAAACUCCAGCCUGUAGGGGGCAGCGGUGAAGCGGAACUGGUCCUGAGACCCAGUGAGCCCAAAGAUUACAUCAAUGAGCUGUCCCAUGAAGUCCUCUGUCAUAUAUUCAGGUACCUUCCCAUGAAGGACAUCAUGUGUAUGGAGUGUCUGUCCAGAAAGCUUCGAGAAGCUGUCACUCUGUACCUGCGAGUGGUAAAGGUAGUGGACCUGUGUGCCGGUCGCUGGUGGGAGUAUAUGCCUUCAGGCUUUACCGACAGCAGCUUUCUGCUCCUUUUGAAGAAGAUGCCAGAUCUGGAGCAGCUAUAUGGCCUCCACCCUCGAUACCUGGAGAGGAGACGAGUCCGAGGCUACGAGGCUUUCAGUAUACCUGGAGUUCUGGAGGCACUACAAGCCUGUCCCAAUCUGCUGGGUGUGGAGACAUCCCAUCUGGAGCUGGUGGAAGCCAUAUGGAACUACAUGCCUCAGGUUCACAUACUGGGAAAGUUCCGCAACCGUAAUGGGGCUUUUCCCAUUCCCGCUGAGAACAAACUGACCAUCCCCAUAACUGCAAAGAUCCAGACCCUACAUCUAGUGGGUGUGAAUGUCCCAGAGAUCCCCUGUGUGUCCAUGCUGCGGCACCUUUACCUAAAGUGGGUCCGUCUCACCAAACCACAGCCGUUUAAGGACUUCCUGUGUGUGAGCCUGAGAACCUUUGUUAUGCGGAACUGCGCAGGGCCAACAAAUUCCCUCAAAUAUGUUCCCCUGGUUACUGGUUUAGCAUCAGCCCGGAACCUGGAGCAGCUGGAGCUGGUGAGAGUCCCCUUCCUGGGAGGACUGAUCCAACAUGUGGUGGAGGACAGCUGGAGGUCAGGAGGAUUUCGGAACCUCCACACAAUUGUGUUUGGAGCCUGUAAGAAUGCUCUGGAAGUGGACUUGGGCUACCUCAUCAUCACUGCUGCUCGCAGGCUUCAUGAGCUGCGUAUCCAGCCUUCACUGACUAAAGAUGGCGUCUUCUCAGCUCUCAAAAUGGCUGAACUAGAGUUUCCUCAGUUUGAGACACUUCAUCUGGGAUACGUGGAUGAGUUCCUGCUACAAUGUAAGAUGAGUCAUUCGGAGCUGGUGAAGUACGGUCUGGCAGAUGUCAUUGAGAAUCCAGGCAUCAUCACUGAUAUUGGCAUCAGGGUGGUGAACGAGGUGUUCACCAAUAUUAAAUACCUCCUCAUCUACAACUGUCCUCACCUACAUAACCCCCACCAGUGGAUCACAGAUCAGUCAAGAUGGGGCCGCCUGGUUGAUCUCACUCUGGUUCGCUGUCAUGCUAUCAAACUGGAAUCCUUCUCCCAGUUCAUAGAGUUACUGCCCAGUCUGGAGUUUAUCUGUCUGGACCAGAUGUUUAGAGAACCACCCAAGGGCUGUGCCAGGGUGGGCCUGAGUGCAGGAACUGGUAUUGGUGUGUCCUCGGCACUGGUCAGCAACCAGAACUCCAACAACGACAAUGACAACAACAACAACCACAACCACCACCACCACCACCACCACCACCACCACAAUAAUGAGGCAAACUUGCCUCCUGCCCCUCCACCUGUCGUCGUCAACAACAUCAACAUCAACAACAACAACAACAACAACAACCAAAGGCAGCAGCAGCAGCACAAUGCACCAGUGGAGAUGAAUGGGAUGGAGGAUGAGGAGGAAGUGGAGGAGGACGACGAGGAUGAGGAGGAGGAGGUUAUGUUGGAGGAGGAGAAAAUGGAGGCUGAGCCUCAGAUAGAGCUGAAAGGAGCAGAAGAGGAGGUGAGAGUGGAGGAAGCUGACAUAUCUCCAGGGCCCAGUCGUCCAACUGGAACAACACAACCUCCUGAUGAGGAGCAAGCAGGUCCCAGUGGUUUAGUCCAGCAGUGCAGAUCAGCUGGUGUCCCUGUUCCCAAGCCCCCACUGGUCAUCUCUGAUUCGGACAGUGAGGAAGAGGAAGGCCUUGUUUCAAGGCUAAUGCCAGCUUCCUGUUUGCAGCAGCCAGCUUCCUGUACAGAAGGUGUCAGCACAACACAGAACACACCCAGCUGUCACAAAAGUAAAGGAAAGACUCCUCUCCGCCGGAGCAACAAUGUGGCUGUAUCAGUGGCAGCCUCAGUAGACCAGACAAAGGCUCAGGUGUUAGAGAGCAGCUGUGAGAAGAGCUGUCAGGUGACCAGUGAACAGAUCAAGGCAGACAUGAAGGCUGCUGUUGAGAACAGUAAGAGGACUAGCAACAAAGGAGUUACUACUGAGGCUGGAGAGACCAGUACAAGGCCUGGGGCUGAGGGUGGGCCAGUACGGAGCACUGGGAGUGCUGGGGCAGCAGCAAGGACUGGAGUCAGGCCAGUGACUGGAUCUGUGAGCAGGGUUGGACCUGGAGUAGCUACAUCCAGGCAAGUGGAUGGAUGUGGGAGGGUGGUAGCGGGAACCACCUACAGAGCAACCACAACCAAUGACAGAGCUACAGGAACUGGCAGGACUAUUGAUGGCACAGAGGGCCCCUCUAGAGCGCAGACUGGGGACAGUUGCCCAAGGGAGUCUGGGGUGAGGCAGAGCUCUGGCAUUGCAGGUGUGGACAGUUUGGGGCCCAGAGAUGCUUCCAGGAGACCAGCACUGCUGGUUGGACAAGGAGAGAGACAACCUGUCCCUGCUGGAUCUACCUCUGCUGCUGGUUCAGUUUCACAGCAGGGUCAGGCCAGAGACGAGGACUUUGUUCCUAGACGACCUUUGACCCGUUCCUGUACCCGUAUGUCCUCUGUGUCCCUGAUACCUGAGACAGAUCUUUCUAGAGCCAGGCCACGAGUGACGGUGAGGAGAAAACGAAUGGCUGACAAAUCAACCAGCACUUCAGACCCGGUCACUGAGGACGAUCACAUACAGAUUUUGUCUCUGAAGAGUAAGAACCUGGUGGGAAUCACACUGACUAACUGUGGAAUAACUGACCUGGUACUCAAAGACUGCCCCAAGAUGAUGUUCAUCCAUGCCACCAGAUGUCGAGUGUUAAAGCAGCUGCGAGUAGAAAGUGCUCCCAUAGUGAACAGGUUUGAUUACGCUCAGUGUAAGAAGCUGGAUAUGGAACAGGUCCUUGAUCAGAUACUGAGAAUGCCUGCUGAGAGGAACCGCAUCAUCUACAUGCGCCCUAUGCACCAGAUUGACUCCGUGGCACUGGAGCGUCAGCUCUUCCAGGGGCCCUAUCCCUAUCACAUUGCUAUAGUGCAUGAGUUCAGCAACCCUCCAAAUAUACGCAACAAGGUUCGCAUUCGCAGCUGGAUGGACACCAUAGCCAACAUCAGCCAAGAGUUAAUCAAGUAUGAGUUCUUCCCAGAGGCCACAAGGACAGAAGAGGAUUUGAAAAAAUAUCCCACAUACCCCUGGGGCCGGGAUAUCUAUACACUGGAGGGAUUGGUGGAUGGUGCUCCCUACAGCAUGAUAACAGACUUCCCCUGGCUGAGGACUCUGAGAGCAGCUGAUCCCAACAGCUACGCCCGCUAUGACUUUGAGGACGAUGAAAGCACCACCAUCUACGCCCCGCGGCGUAAAGGCCAGCUGUCAGCUGACAUCUGCAUGGAGACCAUCGGGGAGGAGAUCUCAGAGCGCAGACAGAGCAAAAGAGGAGUGUUUCAGAGAGUGGUGGUCCUCUUCCUCCAUCACUGUGAUACACCAGGAGAACCUGUGGACGAUGACUACAUCUAGACACCACAGGACACUAUUCUCUCCAUAACAUCAAGAGGGAUCCCAGCAGUGCCUGACUGUUGAAACACUUGGUUUUCUUGGAAAAGAGAUGGAGAGAUCAAUAGUCUAUAUGCUAUGGAAUCUGCAGGUCAAGGCUGUGUGUUUACACUGACAUGCACAUGUUAAUUCAGACUUAACUAGCUUCAUGAAAAGGAAUAACUACAGUCAAAGGGACAUGGGUGGUGGGGCACUACCAAAGAUGAACUGGACAACAGAAAUGGACAAAACUCAACAUGAUGAAGGCACUUUGCAAAAACUCUUCCAAAGAAUGUGGAUUUUUGUGAUUUCGGUUCAAUAGGACCAAAUUGAAGGUAUUACAGGCCUGUCUCUAAUGCCGUCCUGUUCAAAUAAUGGCCUGGCUCUUUCUGCUGUUGAGGUCACAACUGACUGCAUAACCCCAGUUGCCUGCACAGCUAGUGUUUUCAGCUGUUUCCCUUGUUAUCCCUAUCAUGCUAGCCCUGAGAACACAUGCAGAGAGAGGACCACGCUCUAGUGUUGUUCUGAUCUUUGAUCUGUCCACUACCUCUGUUUCACAAUUGACCAAUCACAGACAAAUGGCCUUAGACAGAAAUUUCCUCAAAUAUGUUUUUUUUAUUCAUUUUAUUUAUUUCCUUUUUACAAAGCUGCUACAACAUCAGUUUUGUUACAGGUGAUCAGUUGAUCAGACCGUUCCCAGUACCAAACAGAAGGCUUUUGUUUGGAUAGUUAGCCCUGGUAGACGUGUCCAAAGAAUAAACACCUUUGAAGCCGAGCUGAAACCGAGCUGAAACCUCUGUCAUCAUAAUCAUCAUCUAUGGAUAAACUUUGAGGUCUUAGAGGAAACUAAUGUUCACGUGAACAAAAAUGGGGAAAACAGGAAACCACAGCACUGUUGGUGCAGGUGAGAUCUCAGCAAUGUCCAGUCACAGCCAUUGGGUUUCGUAGUAAAAGUACAGUGUAUGUAUGAUUCUGCCACUGGAACAGCUUAUCUUCCUGCUUGACUGGUCAUGAUGGAUAAUGCUACUUUAUUUUGUUCAUGGUCCUUCUGUUUUGUUUGUUUUUGACACUUUCCAAGUUUAACAAGGGACAGCAACCAUGUGGAAAAAUAAGUAUGGAGAUAAGUAUGAACUUUGAGGAAAUAAGAAUUUUAAUUCUGAGAAGAAAUUAAUUCAGAAGAAAUUAACGACUUUUUCUCUUCUGACUUUGCUCUCAGAAUUCUGAAAUUAUUCUCCAAAUAUUGUUCCAUGUGGCUGUACUCUGUACUUAUUCCCAUCUGCCUGCAGGGAUUGUAGAAGAAGGAUGGGUCAGUGUUGUCAUGAAUUAUUACAGUAUGUGUAACCAGGUUACUACUGAGGAUAAUACAGCAAACAACGACAUAACAAACAUACACUGAACAAUCUAUCCUGUAGUGCACGAAGAGGGAAACAAAAAAGUUUACACGUAGUUAGAGUCGGUCUCCUUCAUUCUCCUGGUGCUUCACUGUUUCUCAAAGUCUGCUCCUUAACCAAGUCUGUGUGAUGCCCAUCAUGGAUAAAAACAUCUCUUUCUGGAUUGUGUACAUUAUGACAGAUGGAGAUGCUCCUAUCUCUAAAGUAUUAUGUCAGCCCUUAACUUCUCUUGUCUAAAAGGAGUCUAAUAUGAAUUGAACCAUCAAACUCUUUAAAGCCUUGAGAAAUUAGAUUUAUUUUUGUUUUUAAGAACUUAUUUUCAUUGCUAAGGAAAAGGUUCUGUUGUGUUUUCCUCUAGCUUCUUGAAGGAAUCAGGGAAUUGGCUGGUGUAUAAGGGAUUUCAUUGGUCAUAUAUGGACAGCUCUGCCCUGUAGGACUGCAGAGCACUGGAUAGAAUGGACUGUUAUAGCUUCAGGAUGUGGCUUUUCUGCGAAUAUGGAAAAAGAUUUUGGUUGAAAAAGAAUUAAAGCAAAAAUGCUGAAGAUUCAUUUGCAGGUGGAUGCACUGAAUGAGUCCAGCCUUCUUUGUGUAUUGACAACUGUACAGAUGUCAUGGAUGACAAUAUGCUUCCAUGGUGUUUAUAUGUUUAUAAGGAAAGAAGAUUAUUUCACAUACUGAAAAAUAAAAUGACAUAAAAUAAC